UGUGGCCUUCUCGACAGUCCUUUUCAGCGAUUCAUUGGGAGCGGAGUGAUCUGUCAAGAUGCAGAUUUUUGUCAAGACAUUAACUGGCAAGACCAUAACCCUUGAGGUUGAAGCAUCAGAUACUAUUGAAAAUGUGAAAUCUAAGAUUCAGGACAAAGAGGGUAUUCCACCUGAUCAGCAACGUCUUAUUUUUGCUGGAAAACAAUUAGAAGAUGGAAGAACUUUGAGCGAUUAUAAUAUUCAGAAAGAAUCAACCCUUCAUCUUGUUUUGAGACUUCGUGGUGGUGUUAUUGAACCCAGUUUACGUAUUUUGGCCCAAAAGUACAAUUGCGAUAAAAUGAUCUGCAGAAAGUGCUAUGCCAGGCUUCAUCCCAGGGCUACAAAUUGUCGCAAGAAGAAAUGUGGACAUACAAAUCAGCUCAGACCAAAAAAGAAGCUGAAGUAAUCUGUUCCUGUCUAUUUCUUGUCAGAUGUUCGAUAAUAAAGAGUUGCUCUGAUGCACUUAUCUUG